AUGUGGAUAAACAGAAAUAAAAUUACAAUUUCACAGUCCUCUAGAAAAUCUAAGUCUGAAAUUUCAAAUGUUUUGUACAAAAAGCAUUUAUACAUAGGAACAGAAAGUGGAACAGUUGAAUGUUAUUCUCCUGCUAAGAUUUACGAAACAGAAUAUUUUCAAAAAAAAAUUGAUUAUUUGGAAAGUUGUGAUAUACAAGCCAAAAUAACAGCUUUUGAUUUUAUGGAAACAGGUGGAAUAACAACUACUACUUUUGUAAGCAAUGAAAGAAAUAUAAGAGUUUUUGAUGUAAGAAAUAAUCUAUCAACAAUCGAUAAUAUAAAUAAUGUACCAGGUGGCACUUAUUCACAUGAACUUGUUAAAGAGUUUACUAAUAUUCAUGCAUACAUUUGUAAUUCAAUAUCUUUAAACAAUGAUAAUCAAUUUUUUAUAUCUUCUGAUUACUUAGCUAUAAAUUUAUGGAGACCUGAUAGAUUAGAAGGUUGUUACAAUCUACUAAAUAUAAAACCUCUUAAGAAUACUGAUCUGGUGUAUGUAAUUAACACUUGUAAAUUUAGUCCAUAUUUAAAUACAAUUUUUGGGUAUUCAACCACCAAUGGAGAAAUAACUUUUAAUGAUCUUAGAGAGUCAUCAAAAUCAUCUAAAAUAUUAAAAAUUUUAUCAAAAGAUUCUGAAAUCAAGGAUGCUGCUUUUAAACCUAUUUCUGAUUUUUCGUUUGUUAAUGAUAAUUUAGUCGUUAAUAGAAGUCUUAAUAAUGUAGCUUUAAUUGAUUUACGCAACGUAGAAAAAGAUAUUUUUAAAGUGACUGUAUCAGAGAAAAUAAGUACAAAUCCAGGAAUAUUGGAUUCUGAUGCGAUAUAUGAAAAAUUUAAAAUUGCAGAAAAUGGAAAAUAUGCUUUUACAGGAACAUUUGACAAUAAAGUGUACUGUAUUAAUUUACAAACAGGAGAAAAAGAAGUUGUGGUGCUUGAUAUUAAACAUAGAUCUAAUGAGCUUAACAAAACAAAAUUUGUGGCUGCCAAAGAAAAUGGCUUUUUUGUUUCAUAUGGCAACGUGAUAUACGAAUAUAUUGACGAGAAUUUAUAA